AUGAUAGACAAUGAAGUUGAUAUCAACGACGAAGAACAGAAUAUAUAUUGCAAUGAUGGUAGUGAGGCCUUGUUUCAACCCUGUCAAGCCACAAUCCCGCAGCCUCUUGACCAGAAGAUAGUGCCCCCAUUGAAUUUCUGUCCUGUGGAACGUUAUCUAUACCGCAGUGGACAGCCGUCUGCAGUUAAUUUCCCCUUCCUGCUAAAUCUAAACCUGCGCACUAUUAUCUGGCUAGCAAACGAGGAUCCCCAGGACGCCCUGCUAGCUUUUUGUGAUCUGCAUGGUAUUAAACUACAAUUUGCUGCUAUUAACCCGGAGGGGGGGGAGGAUGACAACCCGUGGGAUGGGCUCACAGAACACUCCAUCGUCAGCGCCUUGCAAACCAUUGUUAACCAGAACAAUUACCCACUGCUUGUGUGCUGCGGAAUGGGCAGACACCGCACUGGAACUGUGAUCGGCUGUCUCCGCCGGAUCAUGGGAUGGAACCUUGCUAGCGUCUCCGAAGAAUAUAGACGGUUCACCGGGUCCAGGGGCGGUAGGAUCUUGGUGGAGUUGUUAAUAGAAGCAUUCGAUCCCAGGACUGUUAAAAUAGACAACGCCCAUGCCCCCCAAUGGCUAACCAGCGCUAUUACUGUGUGCUCGUCUACCUCUAGCUCGUCGAAUCGUGGGAAGUAA